AUGAGCUCGAACGGGACGAGCACCAUCGCGGGAACGUCCGGGACGACGAAAACGAACGCGAGCGAUGUGCCCACGAGUGAUUCCGCCGCCGUGGCGAGGAGGCUGCAGAGCGAAUUGAUGAGCCUGAUGACGAGCGCUGAUAGUGGAAUCUCGGCUUUUCCGGACGGCGAUAACAUCUUCUCGUGGGUCGGCACGAUCGAGGGCGCAGCCGGGACGUGUUACGAGAACCUCAAGUACAGACUGACGCUCUCCUUCGCGAACGAUUACCCUUUCAAGGCGCCAACGGUGAAGUUUGAGACGCCGUGCUUCCACCCGAACGUGGAUCAGUACGGAAACAUUUGUCUAGACAUAUUGAAGGAAAAAUGGAGCCCGGUGUACAACGUGCGGACGAUCCUCUUGAGCAUUCAGUCGCUCCUGGGAGAGCCAAACAACGAUUCUCCGCUCAACGUCGCUGCGGCGCAGCUUUGGGCGUCGCCGGAGGAGUACAAGAAAGUGUUGCUGAAAAAGUACAAAGAGUCAUCACCCUGA